AUGGCGAAGCCCCUUGCCUUGUCCAUGUCGACCGUAUUUGGCCGUCGAAAAGACACAGUCUCCAAAAGCUGGAGUGACAUGUGGGAUGAGGACGAGGAAGAACAGGAAGAACAGAUGAGGGCUUUUCAGGAGUUUAACUCCAGGACAUGGAGCCAUGAGAGUAGAACCGAGGUGAAGAAGGUUGACAAUCAAGACUCUCCUCCCACCUCUCAUGUUACCAUUAAGGGGAAUGUGGAUGAUGACCUGGUUGCGGAUGGGUUCUUCUUCCAGGACUCUCCUGUAGUCAAGCUGGUGUCAACCACGCCACGGUACUCUCCUCCAUCCAAACGAUUCAACUACGACAAAUGGGCUGCAUUGGGUGAGCGUCGGAGGGGUCAGGGCUCUGGUAUGGAAAUGGAAAAGUCGCCUGGCUUGAAGCCGCGACGUCAAUUUGGUUUUGGAUAUAAAUCUUAUGAAGCCGGCGUUUGGGAUUAUUCAACAUAUAACAACAACAAUAACAACAACAACACCACUAUGAGUAAGAAUUGGGGCAGAGAUCGAACCAAAGAAUGCCCUUGGAAUAAGGGAAGAGAUUGGAACUGGCGCCGAGAUCACAAGCGCAAUGAUUUCGGGGACGUUGAGUGGGUUGGUGGUUGGUAG